CUCUACAGGGCAGUUUAUCCAGCUAUAGUGUGGGAACGGGGCAACUAGCAGACUACAGAGAGAGAGAGAGAGUGCACAGAGAGAAUAACGCCUAGCUUAUAAACCGGGAGCUGCUGCAGGACAUGCGUUUAAAUUUUAGAGUGAAGGAGUCGGAUCUUUAGUCCAGGUCUGCAGCAGGGGGUCGGGGUGAGGUUGUAGUGCAGUCUGAGGGUCUGUAUUAAAGCUAAAGCUGGUGAUUAGAUUCGGUCACUUGUUUAUAAUGGCUGGAAUAACGUCUAUCGAAGCCGUGAAGCGGAAAAUCCAGUCUCUGCAGCAGCAGGCCGAUGAGGCGGAGGACCGGGCUGAGGCGCUGCAGAGGGAGAUGGACGCGGAGAGGCACGCCAGGGAGCGGGCAGAGGCAGAGGUGGCCUCCCUGAACAGACGUAUCCAGCUGGUUGAGGAAGAGUUGGACAGAGCCCAGGAGAGAUUGGCCACCGCACUUCAGAAACUCGAGGAAGCAGAGAAAGCUGCAGAUGAGAGCGAGAGAGGAAUGAAGGUCAUAGAGAACAGAGCGACAAAAGAUGAGGAGAAGAUGGAGCUCCAGGAGAUGCAGCUGAAGGAGGCCAAACACAUCGCUGAAGAGGCUGACCGCAAAUAUGAGGAGGUGGCCCGUAAGCUGGUCAUCCUUGAGGGUGAUUUGGAGCGUUCUGAAGAGCGUGCCGAGGUGGCUGAGGCUCGAUCCAGGCAGCUGGAGGAGGAGCUUAGACUCAUGGACCAGAAUUUGAAAUCCAUGAUGUGCGGGGAGGAAGAGUACUCCACAAAGGAAGACAAAUAUGAAGAGGAAAUCAAAGUGCUCACUGAGAAACUGAAAGAGGCUGAGACUCGUGCUGAGUUCGCAGAGAGGUCUGUGGCUAAGCUGGAGAAGACCAUUGAUGAUUUGGAAGAGAAACUAGCCCAGGCUAAAGAGGAGAACCUAGGCAUCCACCAAGUGCUGGACCAGACUCUAAUGGAGCUGAACAAUUUAUAAAGCAAGAACGCUGCGUCACAAACAAGAGUCUUACACGGCAUAGAGCUUUCCAAUGAAGCCCAAAGCACCUCUGCCUAUGUGCACACAUCCCUCACAGGGGUAAGGUCUUAAUAGCUGCAGUUUUAUAAACAAUGAUGUCCAGAAAUUACACUCUGCCACUUAAUUCUCGCAGAUUGAUGUCCCGUGAAAAGUUUUUUAGCUACCAGUCCAAUAAGAGGCUUUAUCUGUACUUGUAGAAAAUCAGUAACACAUCCUUUACUAGUGUAGACUUGAAGUAGGUUCAUUACAGCAGCCUAACCAGUAUGUGACCAAAGUUAAUUUGCAUCUUUUUACUAACAAGUGUUGUAUUCAGGGAGCUAUUAGCUCUUUCAUGUUGAAGAAGAAUGCUUUAAUAACUGGUUAACUGUUCCAACCCAAGCGCUUUUAACCAUUCCAAAGUUUUAUGAGAACAAAAUUUAUCCAAACCUUUUUUUUAAAUGUAUUUUUAAUAUAACAUUUAAUAUGGACUGAUUUCCAUGUGUGUAAAUUAAGCACAGGAUGUUUUCUCCUAAUUAACACUUAAAACAGAAGGCUCUAGGUCUGUUUUAGGCACUUAAAGAAAAGAUUAUCUAAUUUUCUUAAUUAAAUAGUACUUCCUGGUGAUCACAUCUGAUGUGUGAUUGAUGAUUGACACAAAUAUUGCGAUUCUAUGCUUCUUUACAAAUGUGAAGUUGGUCCAGUGAUGAUUUCUACUCCAAAAAUUACUGCAAUGGCCAAAGUAUCAUGUUGAUCCACUAUCAGAUCAUUUUCCACCUCAAAUGAAGUUGACUCCUGAAUGUGAUUUGUGUUUUUGUGUAUUUUACUGUGAGAUGUUUGAAUGAAGUUUCAGAAAACGGUUAUUUUUUUCUCACUCAUUUUUUUCCCUUUACAUUUUUAUUAAAUUUGGUAUUAAAGGAAUCAGGAAAACAAAAUGUUUUACAAUAAACGUUUUUUUAUGUAAAUUGAAAGAUGGCUUUUACUGUAUUCUAAACGAAGAAAUUUGAUGAAUGAAUGUCUCAUCAACAAAUCCUUAAUUAUUGAUUACAGCCUGUUUUUAAUGCAUCACCUGUCUAUGCAGUUGUGUAAGCUCUUUGUUAAAGAUGAUUAAAAUGUUGAAUACAA